CGCGCACUCUCUCACUAGGCUAGCAGCAGCGGCCUUGGGACCCGGCUCUGCUACCUCUGUCCUGCUGGGCAAGCUCACUCACCGCCUCCCCAGGAGCCACCAGCUUCCUGCCAGCCCAGCCACCCGCCCUGCUACUGCCCACCCCCCUGGCCUGCCACCCAGUGGCUCCUCGGUUGGAAAGGUGGCUGCCCCUUGUGUCCCUCCGUCCAGCCAUGAACUGGUGCCCAUCACCACGGAGAACGUACCCAAGAAUGUAGUGGAUGUGGGGGAAGGAGACUGCAGGGGCGGAAGCUCUCCAAAAAGCCUCCAGGAGGGCGUGCCUAGAACACAGCCUCAGUGAAUGUUUAACCUUCGAGGGCAUGUCUACCAUGAGGGGGACACAGCUCACUCCAGGCCUCAGCUUACCUUGCUGUCUGCUAAGGAGUCACUGGACUGGUGGAGCACCUGUUUGCUCCUGGCUGCGCCUUUACUGUUCUCCUGUGCUCAUGAUAUACCACAGUGCCCGUGCAAGCCUGCUUUCUGCCAGCAAGGGUCAUAUGUCCCCAGACCUUGCAGAAAACAGGAAGCCCUGUUGGACUCCAUGAGAGUUUCCCCAAGCAUCCAGCCGCAACCGCAGCCUGCCAGUCUCUCUAGAAACAUGAGUGUGAGCCGGGCCAUGGAGGACAGUUGUGAGCUGGACCUGGUGUAUGUCACCGAGCGCAUCAUCGCCGUAUCCUUCCCCAGCACAGCCAAUGAGGAGAACUUCCGCAGCAACCUCCGUGAAGUGGCCCAGAUGCUAAAGUCCAAACAUGGGGGCAACUACCUGCUGUUCAACCUCUCCGAGCAGAGGCCCGAUAUCACGAAGCUCCAUGCUAAGGUCCUGGAAUUUGGCUGGCCUGAUCUGCACACACCGGCCCUGGAGAAGAUAUGCAGCGUCUGCAAGGCCAUGGACACCUGGCUCAAUGCAGACCCCCACAAUGUUGUUGUUCUGCACAACAAGGGAAACCAAGGCAGGAUUGGGGUUGUCAUCGCAGCAUAUAUGCAUUACAGCAACAUUUCGGCCAGUGCUGACCAGGCUCUGGACCGGUUUGCAAUGAAGAGAUUCUAUGAGGAUAAGAUUGUGCCCAUUGGCCAGCCAUCCCAGAGGAGGUAUGUGCACUACUUCAGUGGCCUACUCUCUGGCGCCAUCAAAAUGAACAACAAGCCCCUGUUUCUGCACCAUGUGAUCAUGCACGGCAUCCCCAACUUUGAGUCUAAAGGAGGGUGCCGACCGUUUCUCCGCAUCUACCAAGCUAUGCAGCCCGUGUACACAUCUGGCAUUUACAACAUCCCUGGAGACAGCCAGGCCAGCAUCUGUAUCACCAUUGAACCAGGGCUGCUCCUGAAGGGAGACAUCUUGCUGAAGUGUUACCACAAGAAGUUCCGAAGCCCGGCUCGAGACGUCAUCUUCCGAGUGCAGUUCCACACCUGUGCCAUCCAUGACUUGGGGGUUGUUUUUGGGAAGGAAGACCUGGAUGAGGCCUUCAGAGAUGACCGAUUUCCUGAUUAUGGCAAAGUGGAGUUUGUCUUUUCCUAUGGGCCAGAGAAAAUUCAAGGCAUGGAACAUCUAGAGAAUGGGCCCAGUGUAUCUGUAGAUUAUAACACCUCUGACCCCCUCAUCCGCUGGGAUUCCUACGACAACUUCAAUGGACAUCGUGAGGAUGGCAUGGAGGAAGUGGUGGGUCACACUCAAGGGCCACUGGAUGGGAGCCUGUACGCCAAGGUGAAGAAGAAGGAUUCCCUGAAUGGCAGCUCGGGGCCUGUCACUACUGUGCGGCCUGCCCUGUCAGCCACUCCCAACCACGUGGAACACACACUGUCUGUGAGCAGCGACUCUGGCAACUCCACAGCCUCCACCAAGACAGACAAGACCGAUGAGCCUGUUUCUGCAGCUGCCACUGCUCCUGCUGCCCUGAGUCCUCAGGAGAAGAAGGAGCUCGAUCGCCUGCUGAGUGGCUUUGGUGUAGACAGAGAGAAGCAAGGCGCCAUGUACCGGGCUCAGCAACUCAGGUCCCGUCCAGCUGGGGCUCCAACUCUGUCCUCCCCUGGCCGCCACAUCGUCCCAGCCCAGGUUCACGUCAACGGUGGAGCUCUGGCAUCAGAGCGGGAGACGGACAUUCUGGAUGAUGAGCUGCCUAUCCAGGAUGGGCAGAGUGUGGGCAGCAUGGGCACGCUGUCCUCCCUGGAUGGGGUCACCAAUACCAGCGAAAGCGGAUACCCAGAGACCAUGUCCCCACUGACCAAUGGUCUGGACAAACCCUAUUCCACAGAAACUAUGCUCAAUGGUGGAGGCUACCCUUAUGAGUCUGCCAACCGGAUGCUGCCUGUCCACAGCAGUCACUCAGCCCCCAUUCGGCCCUCUUACUCUGCUCAAGAGGGUUUAGCUGGCUACCAGCGUGAGGGACCCCACCCAUCCUGGUCACAACAAGUGACUGGUGCCCACUGUGGCUAUGACCCCAGUGGCCUUUUCCGAUCUCAGUCCUUUCCAGAUGUGGAGCCCCAGCUGCCCCAAGCUCCAGCCCGUGGGGGCAGCAGCCGAGAGGCUGUGCAGAGGGGGCUGAAUUCAUGGCAGCAGCAGCAGCCUCACCCACCUCCUCGCCAGCAGGAAAGAAUCCCACUGCAGAGUCUUGCCAGCAGCAGGCCUAGCCCCCAGCUAUCAGCAGAAACCCCCAUACCUGCUCUCCCAGAGUUCCCAAGGGCAGCCUCCCAGCAGGAGAUCGAGCAGUCCAUUGAAGCCCUCAAUAUGUUGAUGCUGGACCUGGAGCCUGCUUCAGCGGCUGCCCCUCUUCAUAAGUCCCAGAGUGUCCCUGGGGCCUGGCCAGGGGCUUCCCCACUUGCUUCCCAGCCCCUCUUGGGCUCUUCCCGCCAGUCCCACCCACUGACCCAGUCCCGAUCUGGCUAUAUCCCUAGCGGGCAUUCCCUGGGAACCCCGGAGCUGGUCUCUUCUGGCAGGUCUUAUUCACCUUACGAUUAUCAGCUUCAUCCAGCUGGAUCCAACCAAAGUUUCCGUCCAAAGAGUCCAGCCUCUUCCACCUUCCUUCCAAGCCCUCAUAGCUCUGCGGGUCCUCAGGAGCCUCCGGCCUCUCUCCCUGGUCUCAUCACUCAGCCUCAGCUCCCACCAAAGGAAACUACUUCAGACCCCUCCCGAACUCCAGAGGAAGAGCCGCUGAACCUGGAAGGGCUGGUAGCCCACCGGGUAGCAGUGUACAAUGCCAGGCUGCAGGGCCUGAGGCAGAGUGGCAGCUUCCGACCCUCGCCUCCCCACCGGCUCCGAUCUGCCUCCGUCUCUGGGGUUCAGGCUCGGGAGAGGCAGCCUGCAGAGCCCCCAGCCCCGCUCCGGAGACGGGCAGCCAGUGACGGGCAGUAUGAGAACCAGUCUCCAGAGGCCACAUCUCCCCGUAGUCCUGGGAUCCGCUCCCCGGUCCAGUGUGUCUCCCCUGAGCUGGCUCUUACCAUUGCCCUCAACCCAGGAGGGCGACCCAAAGAGCCCCAUCUGCAUAGCUACAAGGAGGCCUUUGAGGAGAUGGAGGGGACCUCCCCAAGCAGCCCGCCACCCAGUGGGGUGCGCUCUCCUCCAGGUCUGGCCAAGACACCCCUGUCUGCCCUGGGUCUGAAACCCCACAACCCAGCGGACAUCCUACUGCACCCCACAGGUGUCACCAGAAGAGUGAUCCAGCCAGAGGAAGAUGAGGGGGAGGAGGUGACUAAGCCUCCAGAAGAGCCCCGGAGCUAUGUGGAGUCUGUGGCGAGGACAGCGGUAUCAGGGCCUCGAACUCAGGAUGUCGAGCCCAAGAGCCUCAGUGCCCCAGCUGCCCAUGCCUAUGGACAUGAGACACCCCUGAGGAACGGGACCCCGGCUGGCUCCUUUGUCUCCCCCAGCCCCCUUUCCACGAGCAGUCCCAUCCUCAGUGCUGACAGCACUUCCGUGGGCAGUUUCCCAUCAGGAGGGAGCAGUGACCAGGGCCCACGGACACCCAUCCAGCCCAUGCUGGAUUCCAGCAUCCGCUCAGGUAGCCUGGGGCAGCCGAGUCCUGCAGCACUGAGUUACCAGAGCUCCUCACCUGUCCCGGCUGGUGGCAGCAGCUACAGCAGCCCUGACUACUCCCUUCAGCCAUUCGGCUCUUCUCCAGAAAGCCAAGCCCAGCCACAGUUCAGUGUGGCCACUGUCCACAUGGUGCCUGGGAGUCCUCAGGCACGACACAGGACAGUGGGCACCAACACUCCACCUAGUCCUGGCUUUGGCCGGCGGGCUAUCAACCCCACUGUGGCUGCCCCUGGUAGUCCCAGUUUGAGCCACCGACAGGUGAUGGGUCCGUCUGGCCCUGCUUUCCAUGGUAAUGUGGUUUCUGGCCAUCCAAGUAGUGCAGCGACCACUCCUGGAAGCCCCAGCUUGGGCCGGCACCCACUGGGAAGUCACCAGGUUCCAGGCCUCCACAGCAAUGUGGCCACCACUCCAGGAAGCCCAAGCCUGGGCCGACACCCUGGGGCCCACCAAGGGAACCUGGCCUCUAGUCUCCAUGGCAAUGCAGUCAUUAGCCCUGGGAGCCCCAGCUUGGGACGGCACCUGGGUGGAUCUGGAUCUGUGGCUCCUGGAAGCCCCAGCUUGGACCGGCAUGCAGCUUAUGGUGGCUAUUCUACCCCCGAGGACCGACGACCAACUCUGUCCCGGCAAAGCAGUGCCUCUGGCUACCAGGCUCCUUCCACACCUUCAUUCCCCGUCUCUCCUGCCUAUUAUCCUGGCCUGAGCAGCCCUGCCACCUCACCCUCGCCAGACUCAGCAGCCUUCCGGCAUGGGAGCCCCACACCGGCCUUGCCAGAGAAGCGGAGAAUGUCCAUGGGAGACCGGGCAGGCAGCCUCCCCAACUAUGCCACCAUCAAUGGGAAAGUGUCCUCCUCACCCAUUGCCAAUGGAAUGUCCAGUCACAGUGGGAGCAGUACAGUCUCCUUCUCCCACACUCUUCCAGACUUUUCCAAGUACUCCAUGCCAGACAACAGUCCCGAGACACGGGCUAAAGUGAAGUUUGUCCAGGACACUUCCAAGUAUUGGUACAAGCCUGAGAUCUCCAGAGAGCAGGCCAUUGCACUCCUAAAGGAUCAGGAGCCAGGGGCCUUCAUCAUCCGUGACAGCCACUCCUUCCGAGGGGCCUAUGGGCUGGCCAUGAAGGUGUCCUCACCCCCUCCAACCAUCACUCAGCAGGGCAAGAAAGGAGACAUGACCCAUGAGCUGGUGAGGCACUUCCUCAUAGAGACAGGCCCCAGAGGAGUCAAGCUCAAGGGCUGUCCCAAUGAGCCAAACUUUGGCUCCCUGUCUGCCCUGGUCUAUCAGCACUCCGUCAUCCCACUGGCCCUGCCCUGCAAACUGGUUAUUCCCAGCCGAGACCCCACAGAUGAAUCAAAAGAUAGCUCAGGCCCUGCCAACUCAACCACUGACCUGCUGAAGCAAGGAGCAGCUUGCAAUGUGCUCUUCGUCAAUUCUGUGGACAUGGAGUCACUCACCGGGCCACAGGCCAUUUCCAAAGCCACAUCUGAGACUCUGGCUGCUGACCCCACACCAGCUGCCACCAUUGUUCACUUCAAGGUCUCUGCCCAAGGAAUCACACUGACUGACAAUCAGAGAAAGCUCUUCUUUAGACGACACUACCCCCUCAAUACCGUCACCUUCUGUGACCUGGAUCCACAGGAGAGAAAGUGGAUGAAGACAGAGGGCGGCGCCCCUGCUAAGGUCUUUGGCUUUGUGGCCCGGAAGCAGGGCAGCACCACGGACAACGCCUGCCACCUCUUCGCUGAGCUUGACCCCAACCAGCCUGCUUCUGCCAUUGUCAACUUCGUCUCCAAGGUCAUGCUGAGUGCUGGCCAGAAGAGAUGAACCCUGGAGUCUUUGCCCAAGGCCAGGGCACUGGGGAUGGGGUGUGUGGGGAGGGGAUCUGCGAAUCCUGACCACCUUGAAUCCUGAAAGAGGACUUUGGGUUGACUGUGGAGAAGGAGAGGAAAGUGCAAUGCUGGGAGAGGGAAGUGAAUUGCGGAGGGGAGGGGAGGGGGAGGAGGAGGACAAAGGAGGGGGAAAGGAGCUCAGAGUCCCCUGUACAGAUGGAAGCCACACCUCCCAAAGCUUCUCCUGCUGGCUGGGGACCCUGGCUCCCCUCCCCCAAAGACCUCUUUGGGGGACCAGAUUUCAAGGAGCAAUGAAAAAGCUUGUUCUCCCCAACCCUCCUGCUUUGAGAGAAGAAACCUAGCUGAGGCUACUUCUCUGGAGGUAAGGCUGCCAAGCCCAGUGGCCAGCGUGUGACAUCAAGCGGUGACAUGUUGUUGCCUUCUGCUUACCUGAGGCGCCUGUGGUCUGUGCGUACUCUGACUUCUUGCUGCAGGCUGCACAUGUGCCCCCCGUGCACUGAUCAGUGCCUGCCUCUGUCCACUCGAAUUGCAAACGGCUCUGCUUGUCUGUGUCCCUUGUGGUAUACAUGUACACACUGACCAAAGAGGGCUAGGGAUAUGGGGUGGCAGGGUGCCAGGCCAGAGACAAGCUGUCUCCUGCAGGAACAUAGCAUUAUGGGUAGCAGUUCUCUCUCUGUUUCUACAGCUGCCCUCUAGUGGCCCUUGGGGCCUCCAGCCUGUCCCCUGUAGAGACCCUGGUACAGAGGGCAUAGCCAUCCUGCAGCAUUAGCGUUGUUCUGUCUCUUUGAGGAAGAGGCAGCAACGCCCACAGUCUUGGGAAAGGUCCCUGUGAGGAAGGGUGCCAUCUUUCCUGUGGUUCUUGGCGAGUUGGGCAUGUGCACUGAUAGUGUCCAGGACUCUGCCUUACACCCUUCUCUCAGCCCAGUCCUGGUCCAGGAGUGCCGGCAUUAGCUUUGUACUUACUCACCUGCUUGAGGCCUACUGGGGAACGGGAGCUGUGCCUUUCUGACCUACCCUGUCCCAUACGGUUGGCUUAUCCCAGGAGCCUGCUUCCCAAAGUCCUGCCCAGGGUAUCCAGGGAGGUCUGAGCCCCCCUUUCCUCUCUGUAUUUGUUGUGGACACCCUUCUGGCUGGGCUGUCCAGGGUGACAUCAUAGCACCUCUGGGGAUGUUGCUGGAGAACCACAUGGUCCUCCUACAAUGCCAAAGCUUCCCUGUUCCUCUUCUGCCUCAGUUUCCCCAGCAGAACCAUGCUUUCUGUGGGACAGAGGACAGAAGAUAUGAAUUUAGGCCAAAGGUCCUAUGGUCCAUUUGUGGGGUUGAGAAGGCCCCUGUCACCACUCAGGCCUCCAUUUAAGCCCAUGGGAGUCCCUAGGGGUGGCAUUGUACUGAUAUAUAAAUAUAUAUAAUAUAUACAUGAGACAUACUGAUAGAAUCUGUAAGCUAAUAAAAAUAUAAGAAAAGGUUAAAAAAGAAUAGGUAAAUUGACAAGAAAUAUUUAUUGUUUCCCCCAUAUUGCUUUAUUGCCCCUGGCCCCAAACUUGUUUCCAUUUCUUUUCUAAUAUAUAAGCAGAGCCUGAACUGCAGGGGCCUUUAUAUUCCAAACAGCCCAGGGCUGACCUUGGCCUUGACCCUGCUCUUGGCCUCCCUAGGCUACGUCUGGGACUUGGGGAUGACAUGCUUCAGCUCUUUAUUCUCUGGCAAGCAGUAGCCCAGCUGCCAGCAUCUUGGGUGUGUGGACAACUGCUUCCAUCGCCACAGGUUUGAGCCAGCGUGUGUUUGGGGAUACAGGUGUGUGCGGUCUUGGUGCGUGUAUCUCUUGGAUUAUUUUUUCUCCUCCAGGGAGCUUUGACUGUAUGGAUAUUGUUUUGAGGAACUGGAAAGAAGAAUUUCUAGGUUAGGUGGGGAUCAUAAGCAGAGACCCCUUUGGGUUCCCGCUUCCCAAAGAAUAUAAGGGCUUAGUGAUCAAGGUCCUUCUAAAGUGUCCUUCCCUAAGAGAUAUUCAAGGCAAAUGUCUCAAUUAUCCCUUUCCUCAUUCCCCAAGGAACCCCACUUCUUCCCAAGCUAGAAGAAGAAAUUUCUCAUCCCUUUCUUUGUAAAUACCCUUAUCCUGCUGCACAGCCUGGGGCAGCUUCUCCUGGCUGCAAAGUUCACUUGAGCCUUUGAGGAUUGUCAGAACCUCCACACCCUGCCUUGGGCCCCGCUGGAGUCUGGGGCCAAUAACCUUUGUAUAUGGUUUCACCUUCUCAUGCUGCACUCAGGCCCAAGCCAUGUGUGAGUCAUGUGAAGGACCAAGGUGGAUGCUGGGAAGUGGGUGCCUCCUUCCCAGCAUGCCUCUAGAAGGAAUAGACACCCGAAUUUGACUUUCCUGGAAGAAUGUUGGAGAAGGGCCCUCAGUUCUUACACUGGGAACCGCACUGUAGACUGCCCUCUUCCCCACUGUGAUUCUCACAGAUGGGCCUCUGCACAUUCAUGCACGCACACACAUGCACACACGCAUACACACGCGCACACACACAUGCACACACACACACACACACACAGACCACAUGCACUAUCACCACUCUAUAUGCAACCUAUUCUUGCCAAAUAUUUCCGUCACACAUGAGCACUUUUUGACCCAUUGUUUUUCUUGUGAGUGGUCUGUUUUGCUGUUCUAUAUUGUUGAGCCUGUAUGUCAGCAGGGAGUGUGCUGUCUGCUCCUAAAUGAGUGGGAGGGGUAAGGAAGACAAGUGAGCAUGGCUGUCUGUGAUGUCAUCAACAAGACCCCUCAGCUACAGCCCAGGUCCAUACUGCCUCUGGCAACUCAGAAGAUUGCUGAGACUGACCUGAGGUCUUACCCUCCCAGAUAUCCAGAGGUGAGACAUCAGAGAGAGAGAGACAUUAAUUGAGCCAGGUUUGGGGCAAGGGGAGGCCCCCAUAGUUCUGGGGGUUAAGACCUGGGCUAGAAUGCAGUGGAUGGGCGGCCUCAAAGGGAGGGCUGGGAAACAUUAGCAAUUGGAGGUCACUAUUGUGCUGCUGUGGACCCCGUCUCUUGCCCAGCCAUGUCUGAGGAACGAAUUCACACCUUAGGUUUGGGUCCCUUCCCCAGCCUAUCCCCAGAAGCUUAGAGAGCUUCCAAUGGGAUUGCCAGGAUUUCUGGUACACUCUGGCUUUGGAGAGUCCCUGGAGAUACCUAUCUAGGGGUGAAGAGAGGACACCAUGUCUGUGUCCUUCUAGAAAGGGGCUUUCAGGAGAGAGAGAGAGAGAGACCUUGCACUAGGUCUGAAUAGAGAUGAGCCAGGCUCCUGCUCUCUGGGCAGCGCAGGAGAGAGACAUGAGUGAAUACCACCCAUCCUGCUCUGGGUUUUCUCCAUCCUACCUCCCAGGGUUUCUGAUCCCCUUUUCCCAGCUUCAGACCUUGGGGAGAUCAGCCCUCUCCUGCCUCCAUGCCUUGGGUCCUUGAAGAGCUUGGAUCCAAAAUUAGGGCCACCCCUGCACUUAGGCCUUGGCAGAAGAUCUUGAGACUGGUGUUUCCGUGGUCAUUGGUGACAGGAUGUAUGUGUGUGUGUGUGUGUGGGUAAGUGUGGGUGUGUGUGCAUGGGAACUUUGAGCUGGGAGAUGGAGGUGGUGGAUGGAGGGAUGUCGAGUUCAGUGUGACCAGGUAGUGAGAAGAACCAGGAGGUGAGGCCUGAUGGGCCACUGUGUUUUAGUGCUGGGGAUGGAGGGGACAGUCACAUAGGAUGAGGCUCAGCAGGCCUCAUCCUUGUCUCCUGUUUCCUCAAACGGCUGAAAAGUUGCAGGGUCUCAGUUGGUUUCCAUGCCUGGUCCCCUCAUAGCAGCAAGGCCACUGAAGGGCAACACACCACGUGUCUUCUCGCCAGCAUUCACAGCCCAGCCCUCCCUGUGGACCCACAUUCGGCUCAUAUGUGUGUGAGCACAUUGGGGUGUGCAUGCAGUCCCCCCACUUUUUCAUUCAAAACAAAUGUAAGAAGUUCCUCAUGUCCUGGUUAUUCCAACCCUGCCUUCCAGGCCCUCUGCUGGGAGAGUCAUACCGAGUCCACCCCUUGCCCCCAAGUCCCCUGAGCCCCCAGCCCCUCCCAGCCCUCUGCUGUGUAUUUAUAGAUGGAAAUAUACUUUAUAUUUUGUAUCAUUGUGCCUAUAGCCUCUGCCACCUUGUAUAAACCCUGUUGUAUGCUAAGUGUUCUGGAUAUGAAUGUAUGUACACUGAUGCUAUCCCCCUCUGUACAGCUGCUUAGUCUCUUACAAUCCAUUGUAUGGCUUUAUAAAUGAUAACAUGAAACACAAA